AUUUUUUUUAAAAUUUGAAAAACAUAAAAAUUUAAAUUGAAUAAAUGAAAAUUUUAAAAACUGAAAAUAGAAUAACUGAAAAACUAACAAAAUUGUAUAUUCGUAAAACUGAAAAAUAAAGAGUUGAAAACUGAAAAACCAAAAAAUUGAAAAUCAAAAAAUGAAUAAAAAAAUUACUUAUAAAGAGUUGAAAACUGAAAAAUGAAUAUAAAUUUAUAAUACGGACUUAUGAACUUAGAUAGUAAUGUGUGGGAGUUUACACCACACAACCGUGAUUCCCAAUUAGUGAUUCCCAUUUUUUCUUAUCAAAGUUUUCAGAUUCAUAUGACAGAGACUUUUUGUCUCCUUUAUCGCAGUUUGCAAAUAGUGAAUAUACUUAUACAAUAUAGCUUUUUGCUGCCUGGCAAGCACCAUUUACAGUAAUUCAAUUUACUCUUUAAGAGUAGGAAUUAAAGAAAGAGGACACAUGACUGAACAAGCGAAUGAACCUGAUCUAUUUAAUCAUUGGUGGCAUGUUCAUCACUGUUUCCUUCAGUUCCCACAUCUGUAAAGGCAUCUUUUUCUUCUUGAGAAACUGAACUGGAUGAUUCAUUUGGAUUCUUGUUUUUGAGCAAUUCUUCAUUUCCAAAAUUUAAUGAAUCUGUUGAUUUGUUUUCAUCCAAAUUGGUAGUUAUUUCAUCAUCAAUUGACGCUUCGACUGUUUCUUCUGUAUCAGUAUUAAUAGAAUCACCGAUCUCUUCCCCUCCAGUUGAAUCUGUGCUAUCACUUAGUCCAUCAGCUGAGGCUUCUGAAAUUGUCCCAUUCAUCAUGAAAUAGUUGAGUUUGAAUCAUCUAUGAUUUUCUCAUCACUUUGAAUAGAGCUCUCACCAUGUUCUUCCUGCUUUUCAUCUCUUGAUUUACUGUCAUUGUUUUCCGCAACUUGAGCAUCCUUAUGUUCACCUCCAUUUUCAUUUGUUUCCUCGUCUCCAUCCUCUUUGCUUCCACUGUUCUCUUCUUCACUUCCAUUUUCCACUUCUGUCUCCUUGUCUGUCCCAUCUUCACUAGCAUUCUCAUUCUUUUCUUCUCCGGCAUCAUCAUUAUCUGCCGUUUCUUUCUCCAAAUCUUUGUGUUCCAUAUCUCUCUCUCCCUCACUUCCAGUUUCCUCUUCUUCAUCCUUUUGCACCUUUUCUUCUAUAGUUUCCUUACCUUCAUUGCUUUCUGCCUCUGAGUUAUCUUCUGCUUUUACAUCUCCAUCAUUAUUUGGCUCACUUUCAUCUUCCACCUCUUCAUCUGGAUCAUCAUUGUUUGUUAAACCUUCAGCAUCUUCUUCAUCAGUUUGAGGUUUAAGGAAUUUCCUUCCCAGGUUUAAGAUACAAUUACCACUCUCCGCCUUCUCAGAGAGGCUAGUUGAUUCUCCAGAUGCUUCUUUCUUAUUAGUGGAGGAGUGCUGGACUUGAUAAAGCAGCCAAAUGCAAACGCCUACCAGUACACAUAUCUGAAGAGCAUGCUUCACUUUGAAGCCAUUGUUUUUGUUGUUCCUCCGUGGAAACAGCUUGAACAUGAUUAUUUGUCUCGUGCAGCCUUCCAGAUACGAUUUGCAAACAUUUUCACAAUACAAAUGAGUACAUUAUGGGCGUAAAUACUAUGUGUGCAAAUGGUAAACUUGUUUCGGAGAAGGUGAACGAAUUAUUGAGAACUAAAGGGACGGUUAGAGCCUUGAUGUCUUUCAUCUGGAAAGGGUACAUUCAUUCUAAGUUCUCUUUUACCGAUUACCAACGCAAGAUAACCUCGCUUACCUCAACAUGGCAAACAAUUGUGACCUUUGCAAGAGUGGUUUGGAAACAAUACCACACCUUUUCUUUGUUUGUUAUCUUUCUUGCAGGAUAUGGACUAGAAUUAAAUAUUGGAUUGGCAUGGAGCAACAAAUGAGCACACUGGUGAGUGUGGUCAAAUGGAUUAGAAAGAAGCAUAGAGUGGGUGCACUUAUCUGGUCAAAGACGGUCGGAUUAGCAUUUUGUGCUACUAUUUAUUGGAUUUGGCAAGUGAGGAACACUUUCUGUUUUUAGGAUAACUCAAAGACUGAAGAUGAAGUCAUUGCAAAAAUCAAACAUGUGGUUACAAAAUACUUUAUAGUAUCUGUCUGUUCGAGAUGAUUAGAUUUUAAUUUUUGGUGAUAUCAAGCUCUUUUUGGUGUGCCAUGGGCUAGUGAUGUUUAGAUAAACUUUAUGUGUGUUACAAAAUACUUUAUAGUAUCUGUCUGUUCGAGAUGAUUAGAUUUGAAGCACCGACUGUUAGGUUUUGGUUUUGCUGGUUUAGCUUGCCAUUUUUAUGGGGCUUUUUUGUUCUCCACUUCUCCUAGAUUAGCGGUGACCUCCUUCAUGGAGCGUUGCCUUAAAUUUUUGGACACAAGGUGUUCGUGUUACUUUUUGGGAUGACUAGUAUGUUUGGAUAAAUCAUACAUAAACUCAAAGAA